GCGGACGGCGGCAGUCACCGCGUCGCGCUGCAGGAGAGAGGCCGGACUUCGCGUGGCCACCGCGCCAUGGCCCUACAGGCUGACUUCGAUGGGGCUGCAGAAGAUGUUAAAAAAUUGAAAACAAGACCAACUGAUGAAGAACUGAAGGAACUCUAUGGAUUCUACAAACAAGCUACUGUUGGAGAUAUUAACAUUGAAUGUCCAGGGAUGUUAGAUAUGAAAGGCAAAGCCAAAUGGGAGGCAUGGAACCUGAAAAAAGGUAUAUCGAAGGAGGAUGCCAUGAAUGCCUAUAUUUCUAAAGCAAAAGCAAUGAUAGAAAAAUAUGGGAUUUAAAAUACUCAGACAUCACACUCUGAGUCUUCUCAGUGAUUAAGGAAGUAACUCUGCAGAGGAGAAUGCAGUACUAACUGGUUAUUGUGAAAUCUAACAGUAAGAUCAUUUACGCAUGAGCCACUCCACUGCGAAAGGUGUUCACUGCAUACUAUAUUCCUAGACUGUAUCUUACUCUAAUUAAAUGUGAGCCUAUGAAAUAAAUGCUUCUGUAAGA